GUGCAAUCCACGAAAUUUGCGCUGCGACCAAAACACACGCACGUCACCACCAGCCACGAAGUACUUACAUGAAGCUCAUCAUCGACGUGCCCUUCCUAGCUGACGGUGCGGUGACCAUGGUGUGGGACAUCAAGCACACCAUCUUUCUCGCGAUCAUCGUGUACAUGUGCACACACCACCUCGUGACACCGCUCGUGUGGGCAGUCACGAUGCUUCUCGGCCUCGUCGGCCACUAUCUCUUUGCACGAAGCGGUAGCCGCACCACGGACGACGACAAUGAGGUUGGAUCGACGAAAGGGGAUGCAGCGAUGCUACCCGACACUACCAUCGUGGUCUCCGGUGGAACCAGUGCGAUCGUCGGGACGACCACAUGCCACGGCGACAACCCGAAGCGCAUGUUCUACUCGCUGAGCAUCUCGCCGGCCCAGGGCUUGCCAUGGACCAUCGAACGCAGCUACAAGGAGUUCCGGACGCUGUACCACGCCCUGUUUCGGGACCGGAGCAUCAUCUCCCGCCGCAGUUCAUUGUCGUUCAGCAGCCGUGGAAGCAUGGAUCAAAGCAGAGGUAAUCCUCCGUCGUUUCCCAAACGAAUGGCCGUGCGCUGCUUUGUCAACCAGGCCAAACGCACCCAAGGACUGGCGACGUUUCUUCAAUUUCUCGUCCAUGACGACCAGUUGUCGCAGGACCCUCGCGUCGUCGACUUCCUUGGCGUGCACUCGCCACUGAAGCGCGUCCAGCAACCAGAGCCAGCUCUGCCAAAGGUGGCAUGGACCAGUCCUCGUCAUAUUGCGGCGGAAGAGGCGGCCAUGGCGCUCUUGACCGACGACGAGCGCUCCAAAAUCGAACCAUUGCAUGCGGAUGUGGCAAAGCUCAACGAUGCACUCGUCAGCCGUCGGUUGGUUCUCUUGCGGUACGUUUCGAAUCAUGCGUGGGACAUGGAGGCCACCAAGGCGCGAGUGCAAUCUGCGAUCGAAUGGCGAAAAACAGCGUUGCCCACGUUUGACCGCACGUUGCUGCAGAACGAACUGCAAACGGGCAAAAUGUACGUGGCUGAUUUUUGCGACUUCAACUUGAACGCGGUGAUCGUCGUCCGAUUGCACUUGGAAAACUCGUUUCCGCAAGCCAACUAUAUGCUCAACGCCAUGUACACCAUGGAGCGAGCUUUGUUACAUGCGUCGCCUGUGCACCGCGUGACGGUGGUGAUUGAUUUCUCGCAGUGGCAAUUCAAGCACGGGCCAGAGCAGGGCAUUUUUCUCACCUUCGUCAAGAUGAUGGAGGCGCAGUACCUGUUGCAUGUGGACCGCGUGGUAUUGUUUGAUUUGCCGUGGUACAUGACUCAAGGCUACAACAUGAUGAAGCUGUUCUUCAAUCCGAUCACGCGAAGCAAAUUAGUGCUCGCAAAGACCACGGACCUAGCGCCAAUCCAAAACCUGGUUGACACUGCCCGAUUACUGCAGCAUGUGGGCCAAGGCGCGACGUUCCCAUUCAACGUCGACACUUAUUUGAAUUCGGUGGGGGUGCCCGCCCCCCCUGAGGACGACGGGAAGACUGUAUCAACGAGUUGAGACGUAGAAACAACAAACGGAUGCCGCGGUCGACAGCAAGACGGCAGCUAUCGCCGUUCGUGGCCACGUAGAGAAAGAAUAAGUUAGUGAGCCGAAUGAUGAUUUAGUUUCAGUAUA